AUGUUCACCGACCUCUUUCGCUCCCGUCCUAAGCAUACGCGCCUGCCGCAGCACGACGCGGAGAGCCUUGACAGCGACACGCUCUUGCCCUCUUCUUCCUCAACAACUUCAUUGCCCCUCAAGAUACCCGCUCUCGAUCGUUCCAACCGUGAUAUCCAGGUGGCCGUGAAGACCCUCUUGCUUUGCACUUUUGUAUAUCUCGGCGCCGCACUGUGGAUAGCUUACAGCGUUCACAAGACUACAUUCGUAGCCAAUGCGGACGACUUUUGCUUGCAUCAUGUUUCGCUAUAUUGUGAUGUAGCGCCGGUCGUCAAGGAGGUGAAGCCGAAUUGGCAUACGCAGCUGUUCAACGGGAGCUUUCUGCAUGAGAAUGUCUAUCGACAGUCAGCGGGACCAGAAGUAGAUGCUGCAUGGGAGGCUCUGGGCGUGAAUUAUCGAAGCGUCGUUGUUCCGCUGGACGAAGCAGAAGCGACGGGGCUGCGCCACGACCAAGUAAAGGUCAGUCAAGAGUACGGUGGUGGGUUUCCGGGAAAUGUCGAAGGGCUACAUCACCUACAUUGCCUGGAUCUGCUGCGCAAGACGCUCCAUUGGAACUACGACUACUAUCUCGCCAAAAAAGACGGCCCGUUCGUGAACAGCGAAUACAUUGUGCGCGUUCAUACAACGCACUGCUUGGACAUCUUGAGGCAGGUACUGAUGUGCAAUCCCGACGUGGGAGUGCUCGGACAGGUUUGGUGGCAGCCAGAAGACGUGCCACACCCGAUGCCAUUUGUUGACUUCAACACCAAACACCGAUGUCGCGAUUAUGAGUCGAUCAGGUCGUGGGCAGAAGCGAACCAGUUGCCGCCGGAGAAGGAGGUAGACAUGAGUCGCUUCUACGAGAUGCCGAAGCCAGGAGACAUGAUCUACCCUUCCAUUCCUUAG